AUGCGGCUCGCCCCGAGAAUUCUGGGUCUCCCAGCAUCAACACUCCUCCUCAUUACCGCACAUACAACCGCAGCCUUCUACAAUGAUGAUUCCCUAGCACAGCGGGUAAACAGUGCUUCUCACAAUGCCAGAAAUUGGGCCGAUGAUCCGGCUGGCCACCGACGAAGGCUCGAAGCCAGAAACGAGCAAACACCCAGGGGCAGGAACCCUAUUGGUGUUAUGAAGAUGAGUGACGACCCGGGCGAGAAAUUCUACAUGGAAUACUGGCAAUAUGAAGAAGAGCUGCAGCAAUCAAGCCCAUCUGAUGCGGCACCGGCCACAAAUCUAAGGAUACGAGACGAAGACGAGGAAACCAGGUUACUGGUGAAUGCUUCAGCCCCUCUACCAUACAGCCCUCCUCUAGCUCUACACACAGAAGAUUACGCAGCCUACCAUGAUCUCGAGGCUCGGGGGGAAAUACCGAGUCGUGAUGCAGCCGCUGCACUGGCCAUACUUCAGAAGAGGCAGUUCAUGUGUCCGACUGGAACCUCUGAUUGCUCCUCGAUUGGAUACCCGAAUAGCUGCUGUGCAGCUGGUGAGACUUGUUUUAAGAUUCAAGAUACAGGAUUAGGCCCUGUGGGGUGCUGUCCAUCGGGUGCUACUUGUGGCGGAACUAUCACGACCUGCAAUAGCCCAAAUACACCAUGUUCUGAGAAUGCGAGCGGGAACUACGAAGGGGGUGGCUGCUGUAUUCCAAAUUAUGUUUGUGCCGGUAUUGGCUGUGUUCCAAAUCCUUCCCUCAUUGUCACGGUGACAGUGUCGGAAUCAUCCCCUACUCUAUCAUCGGCACAAAGCAGCACCGUCACCAGUAUUGGAACGUCUCCAACAAUUUCAACCAUAGUGACAAGCACUGCACCACAAACUACACUUAGCUGCGGCUCUGACGCUGAACCAUGUCCAGCCAGCUUGGGCGGGGGAUGUUGUCCUGCAACAGGGACAACGACUACAAUAUCCACAAGCCACGUUUCUGCGGCUACUUCAACCACGGCUCCUUCAACUACGGCUACUUCGACAGCUAUUGGCGUUCCCCCUGCUCGUCCAACUGGCUCUUCCACAACCACUCAGGCGCCAAUAGUAAGUGGCGACUCUUGCCCGACUGGCUUCUACGCUUGCGAAGCCUACUACGCCGGAGGAUGCUGCAGGACAGGAAGGAACUGUGAUACAACAUCCUGCCCGCCUAUCACCUCCACAACAAUCAUAAGCAGUGGCGUUUCAGUUGUGGUGCCAUUAGGUUCAGCUGCUACAGUAGCCACGCCGUCAGGGAAUUGCGCGUCGGGGUGGUCCAGCUGUCCCGCCAGUCUCGGUGGGAAUUGCUGUCCAAGUGGAUGGCAGUGUGGGACUGCAAGCUGCACAUCAAUCUCCCCAACCCAAACAGGUGUAAGACAGAAGGACAGUCCAAAUUCGGGUAUCAAAAAUGCGGGGACGCGGGGUAGCUUUGGUCUUUUAAUGAGUUUGAUGAUUGUGCUUGUCUGGAUAUAG